AUGGGAUUGCUUCCAGCCCGGAAGGCCGUGGCGCUUCAAAUCAGCGCCGGCCAAGCCAUCAAAAUCAUUAAUACACAUGGAAAACAAGUCGUUGACUUUUGGGCAUUUAAUCCCGACGAUACUCACGAUUAUCUGUCCAUGGUCCAUACACGAACAGUUCUCCGCAAGGUUGCCGUGCGCCUUGGUGAUUCCUUAUACAGCACUCGCCGCAAGCCUAUGCUUACCAUUGAAGAGGAUACCACCAAGGGCGUCCAUGAUAUUAUCUGGUCUGCAUGUGAUGCAGAAAGAUAUCGCAUGCAAGGUGUUCAGGGCUACCAUGACAAUUGCAGUGAAAACAUGCAUACCGCUUUGAAAACUGGAUUUCCGGACUGGACGGGCAUCCCAGAUGACUGGGUUCCCGACCCCUUCAACAUUUUUAUGAAUGUCGCAAUUGAUCACCAUGGUGGCCUUGAUAUAAGAGAGCCGACGAGCGAAAAGGGCCAAUACGUCAUUCUACGAAGCAAUGUGGAUUUGAUUUUGGUGAUGAGUUCUUGUCCUCAAGAUAUUGAAGCUGUCAAUGGAGGAAUGCCGACAGACUGUGAAUAUGAAAUUCUCGAAAAGGAGGCUGCAGGAGAGACACAAGUCGCAAAAAUACUUUCUCCUGUUAAGGCGUUGUCAACCCGACCUCAACGCCGCGUCAAAGUUGCUCUGUCUUUUGAUUUUGAUGCCGUCUCGCAUUGGCUAGGAACUGGAUGCCACCCCGAUAACAACAUGGCGGACUACAGUUCCGGUAUAUUCGCAGGCCAGGUUGGGGCAAUUCGCCUAUUGAAUAUGCUGAAGAAAUUCGACAUUGCUGACAAGGUGACAUGGUUUGUGCCUGGACAUACGAUGGAGACCUUUCCCGAUACAGUUCAACAAGUUGUCAAAUCCGGUGCUGAGAUCGGAUUGCAUGGAUAUGCUCAUGAGGGUAUCUAUCAGAUGAACGUAGAUCAAGAGCGAGAUGUGCUAGAAAAAUGCAUCGAAGUUGCCACCAAAUUAUGCGGAAAGCCACCGAGGGGGUAUCGGGCACCUAUGUACACAAUUCGCGAAACCACUGUGGAAAUGCUACGCAAGCACAAGUUUCUAUACGAUACCUCGCUUAUGCAUCACGACUCUCAACCAUACUGGACUCCAAGUGAUCCACCCAUCGAGCACAUUGACUUUACCAAGGAUGCCUCCUCUUGGCUGCACCCUUCGCCAAUUGCUGCACAGAUCAAACCUGCUGAGGGACAACAUCCUCUCGUGGAAAUCCCUUGCGGCUGGUACAAUGAGGAUAUGAUGCCUCUGCAAUAUCUGCCGCAUUUGGCCAACAGCAACGGAUAUGUCAGCACACGAGUAGUGGAGGAGAUGUGGAAGGAUAAGUUCCUAUGGCUGUGGGAAAACGCUAAGGGAGAGGAAGGUAGCUCAACCACCGAUUUUGUCUUCCCUAUUCUGAUGCAUCCGGACACAAGCGGAAUGGCACAUAUCAUUGGUAUGUCGGAGCGAAUAAUUAAAUGGUUAAAGAGCUGGGGAGACAGUGUCGAAUUUUACAAACAUGAGGAUAUUGCCCGAGAAUGGCUAGCAGACCAGAAGUAA